UUGUUGAAUGCCAGUGUUGAUUUGGCAGAGAGAUAGAGAGAGAGAGACAGAGACAGAGGAGGAGGAGGAGGAUUUUUUAAAGAUGGACACGAUAAAAUGUCGGCCUGUUUAGAAACACAAACAAUGCGAGAAAGUGCUGAGGAUCAGAGCCUCUUUAUCUCCUCAUGACCAUCAUCCUGGCCUCUUUCUCUAAACCACCUGCAGACAUCCUGUGACUUUUGAACAUGAACACUUGAUUGGUGUGACCAGACCAGUGAAAAUGAAGGGUGCAGACGGAUCUGUUUUGGUUUAUUUGGUGUGUGUUCUUAGCUUGGCCUCUGAGGUGUUACUGGCUGAUGUAAAUGGCACAGAGACAGCAGGAGAAUUGGAAGACGGUAAGACGCCCGUGGUGCACUCCGCGGUGAGUCAGAUCAUCGCCCGUGAGGGGACCUGCGUCCUGAUCGACUGCAACGUCACCGGAGAGCCUUUUCCCAGGGUGCAGUGGUUUAACUCUCACGGACACCUUUUGGACACGGAGGCAAGCGAGGGAAAAUGGUGGAUUCUGGAGAAUGGAGUCCUCAACAUCACCAGCAUCACCUUCGCGGACCGCGGCAAAUACACAUGCAUGGCGUCAAACGUUCAUGGCGUGGCCAACUGUACAGUCACAGUACGUGUGGUCUUCACAAACGGAGACAUGGGCGUGUACUACAUGGUGGUAUGUCUGGUGACUUUCACCAUCAUCAUGGUGUUGAACGUGACUCGGCUUUGCAUGAUGAGCAGCCACCUGAAGAAGACAGAGAAGGCCAUUAACGAGUUUUUCCGCACAGAGGGAGCAGAAAAGCUCCAGAAGGCAUUCGAGAUCGCAAAGCGCAUCCCAAUCAUCACGUCGGCUAAAACUCUGGAGCUGGCCAAAGUCACGCAGUUUAAGACCAUGGAGUUUGCACGUUACAUAGAGGAACUGGCGCGCAGCAUCCCUCUCCCGCCACUGAUCAUGAACUGCCGUACUUUCAUGGAGGAGAUCUUGGAGGUGGUGGGGGUGGAGGAAAUGAGGCACACCUUUGUCCGGCAGGCACCCGAAGGACAAGAAGGCACUUCCCGUAACGUUUUCACCAUACUGCAAAUAAGAGACCGAGCAAGAGACCGAGAGAGGAGCGGAUCUCCUACAGCAGAUUCAGAUGACGCUUCGCUACACGAGCAGCCUCAACACAUCGCCAUUCAGGUCUCGGUCCACCCACCACUCAGUGAUGCAGGGUGCAGUGUCGAGGCUCCACCCACCACAGAGAUGGAUGCCUGUACUACUGCUUCGGAUCAGGUGAGUGUGGAGGCGGAGCCUGAGGGACAAGAGGUUAAGGUGGAGAUGGAGCCGGAGACAGAGGGAGAAGAAGAAACAUCUCAGAGAAGCCAAGUCAUCUACGAAAGCCACGUGUAAGAUCCCCUAGUUACAGAAUGAUUCUCUUGCUAUGCAUUUCAUUAAUAAUAAUAAUAAAAAACAUCAAGAACAAACAAUCAGAAUAAAACACACAAAUUGUUAAAGGUUCAUUAUUGAUCGUUUUGAGAGACUUUUUCAUGUUUUGUUUUUCCAUGACAAUUCAUGUUGAGUGUAUUUUGGGAGAAUGAAUCACCACAAUCAUGUACUGGGGUUUAUAUUUAUUACUCUUGCAGAAACUAGGGCUAAUCUUGUACAGAGUCAGAUCGAUCUACAGGGCUGUUCUUGGAUCUACAUGUAGAUUAUGUAGUGAUGUAUCUAAGGAUUUCUAGUGUAGAGUAUUCAUCGAGACUCAGUACAAGUCAGUUUUUGGUUUACCGCAUAAGAAAUACAUGUUCAGGUCUAAAUGUUAUUCACUGGUCAGGACACUGAUGAAAAUGUUCUCUUUCUAUAUUUAUGGAGAAAUAUUUGCUCUAUACGUUGAACCACCACUGUAGUUCUUGUAUUAUAAAAUACUUAUUAGUGGUUUUGCUUUACUAAUUAAUAUGUUUUUUUUCCUUUAUUUUAAAUACUCUCGUUUUCAUUUUAAUGAAAAGAAAUUCUUAAUUUUUGGAAUUUCAAAUCUAUUAAUUAUUACUUUUUUUUUGUAAAUCAUUAAGAAACAUGCUGAUGCUUCUAUAGUGCAUGAAAACACCAAAUUUUGCAAUGAAAAAAAGAGUUUUUAGUAACUUUCAACAUGGCCUCAAGCAUUUCAAUCGUCACUCUGCUCAUGUGAAGAAAACUAGGAGAGCGACAAGAGGGCAUUGUAAAUUUCUCCCCUCAUCCGGUGCUCUUUAAAGUGUUUUUCUUAUAUUUUUUCCUCUCUCCUCCCUUUUUUCUCUAAGGAAAUAAAAAGCUCCUGGUAUAAAACCAUCA